AUGAGCAGGACGCUGCUGGCCAACAAGAUGCAGCACGAGUGUCGGAGCAUGUGCGUCUUUCUGCCCAACAGAGAGCAGCUCAGCGUAACCGUCGGGGUCAAAGCCACUGGACAGGAGCUCUUUCAGCAAGUUUGUGACUUAGUGAAGAUUAAAGAGCCUCACUUCUUUGGCCUCAGCAUUGUUAAAAAUAAUGAAUAUGUUUUUAUAGACCUGGAGCAGAAGCUUAGUAAAUACUUUUCAAAGGAAUGGAAGAAAGAGAUGAGCAAAGGAACAGAGAAAUUUAGCCCACCUUUUGUGGCAUUCUUCAGAGUGCAAUACUAUGUUGAAAAUGGAAGGGUGAUAAGUGACAAGGUGGCAAGGCAACUCUACUACUGCCAUCUCAAGGAGCAGGUGCUGAGGUCUCGGUGCAACCACAAAGAAGAGAUCUACUUCCUACUGGCUGCCUACAGCUUACAGGCAGACUUGGGCAACUACAAGGAGGAAGUCCAUGCUGGCAAAUAUUUUGAACCUCAGGCUUAUUUCCCACAAUGGAUAAUUGCAAAGAGGGGGAGUGACUACAUCUUGAAACAUGCCCCUGAGAUGCACCGAGAACAGCAAGGCCUGACUGCCAAGGAAGCAGUGCUGAAGUUCAUUAAGGAAUCCUGCUUGUUGGAAGAUGUGCCUGUCCACUUCUACAGACUGCAGAAGGAUAAGAAGGAGGACCGCCCGACAGUUAUCCUGGGCCUGACCCUUAGAGGAAUGCACAUCUAUCAGGAGGUGAAUCACGUUCGUCAGCUCCUCUAUGACUUUCCCUGGUCACACAUUGGGAAGUUGGCGUUUCUGGGGAAAAAAUUUGAGAUCCAGCCAGAUGGUUUGCCCUCUGCACGGAAGUUGGUUUACUACACAGGUUGCCCCUUCAGGUCACGGCACUUGCUGCAGCUCCUCAGCAACAGCCACCGGCUUUUUCUGAAUAUCCAGCCAGUGUUGAAGCAAAUCCAAAAACUGGAGGAGGCUGAAGAGAAGAAGCGCUAUCGGGAGUCCUACAUCAGUGACACGUUAGACAUGGACCUGGACCCAUCUGACAAGAACUCACGUGGCAGCGGGAGCAGCGGAGGGAGCCAGAGGAACAACCGUCUCUCACGGCAGUCCACAGGAAGUCACGGCAGCUCUCACACAUCUGGCAUUGAGGCUGACUCAAGGCACCGGGUAUCUGUGGAAAUGUCAGUGGAUGAGCCCUUCAGCAUUGAUAGGAUACACAGGAAAGAAAAAUCCUGCAGCUCAACCGUCAGCUACGGUAGCUCUGGCAUUGACAGUGGCAGCAAAGGGAGGGCUGAAGAUGACUCUCAAGAUGAUGAGCUUGAGCUGGCAGUAGAUGAGCCUGAGGAGGUGCCUGUAGAUGAGCCUUUAGAGGGAGACCAGUUAGAGGAGGCCACUGUGGGAGAAUCUGUUGGUUCCCUUCAUCUAGAUGCUGCUAGCUGCCAAGCUAUUAAUCAGGAAUCACUGUCUGUGGUACAAGUUACACUAAUAAAAAUGAGAGGUCAAAGUGUGGAAUCCCUUCAUCAGGUCAGAGCGCCCAGAGGCAGGAGCUGCACAGAGCAGCACAGCCAGAGCUUGGACGAUAUCCGCCUUCACAAGCGCCGGCACCCGCCGCUGAGUGCCACGCUGUCCUCGGACACGUCCCACAGCUACACGUUCGGCUGCGCCCUGGAGGACAAGCUGGCGCUCUACGGCUGCGUCUACUCCACGGCAGACUGCAAAACCAAGUCUGCCCUUUAUGGGAAGCGAUCCAUGAACUGCCUCUCCUUGGAUCUUCUGGGAGAGGACCAGCUCCCGGAGGAAUUUGUGGUGUAAUGAGAUUGGAGCUUUUCCACAUGAGGGAACAGCUCAUCAUGGAAACAGAAGUGAUUAUAUAUACCUCAUUAACACGUGGGAUGUCCGUCUGGCUCUUGUAGCAGGCUGUAAGUAGCUUUGUUACUCAGCUCCAUAAUCAGUAAGUGACAUCACUUCUGCAGAGCUGACCACAGGGCAAAUUAACUGGAGUGUAGCACUUAAUUUGGCAUUUGAAGCGUCUGUUUAGAAGAAAAUGGAAGCAGCCUGUGCCAUUAGUGGUGA